UCUAAAGGUGACCAAUCUAUUUACAAGCAUUCAUUGGUUAAUAUUGCGUAACUCACUCUAUGGUAUAGAACUAGCUUAAGCCUAGGUUAGGCUCACUGCACAACUCAUUGCUUUUAGUACAAUUAGACAAUUGUACGCUUAACAAUCUUGGAAAUUCCAACUUAGACUACAUUUAUUUCUUAAUAUUUAAUCUCAUGGAAUCAACUGACCAAGAGAACUCUGGAAAUGAUGGUAAAACCUGUUUGUUUUUCAAGCGGAAACGAAACGUAAGAUCAAGAAACAUAAGAAGUAAAUACUCUAGCAGUAGUGAGGAUGAAACUACAGUCGUUAAAAAAGAUAAGAAAGAAGACAAAUCAAAUCCUUUAAUUCAAAAGUCCAAUUUCAAGAAAGUGAUAAAACCUGAUUCAGCAGCAAACGAGUCCUCAAGUGAUGAUGACAAAGUCACUGUUUCUUACCGGUCUAAACGCACAGCUGCUCCUGAGGGGCCCUCCGAUCAAGGUGCAACAGCAGUGUUGGAGAUUGAAACUGAAACUGACAGGGACGCUCAGGCAAUAUUUGAACGGUCACUGAAAAUCAACAAAGAACUUAAAGGAAAAGAAGAUGAUAGCAUAUAUAGAGGUAUGGCAAACUAUACUCAAUUUUAUGAAAAGAGAGACACCGCCCAAGGCAAUGCUUCAAGUGGCAUGGUUAGAAAAGGACCGAUUCGAGCUCCAGCACAUUUGAGGAGUACAGUUCGGUGGGACUACCAACCCGAUAUUUGUAAAGACUAUAAAGAAACCGGGUAUUGUGGUUUUGGUGAUAGCUGUAAAUUUCUACACGAUCGUUCUGAUUACAAGUUUGGAUGGCAAAUAGAGACAGAUGCGGCAUCAGGGGUUGUAGAUGAUGAAGAUGACACAAAAUAUGAAAUUGAUGAUGAUGAGAACAACUUGCCUUUUAAGUGCUUUAUUUGCAGGGACUCGUUUACAGAUCCUAUUGUUACUAAAUGCAAGCAUUAUUUUUGUGAAAAGUGUGCUCUCACUCAAUAUAAGAAGUCAGCACGUUGCUACAUUUGUAAUCAGCAAACUCAUGGAGUUUUCAAUCCAGCAAAAGAAAUUAUAAGCAAGCUAAAAAAUACUGCACCGAAAAACGAAGAGUCUUCUGAUUCAGAUUAGAAGUCAUCUUAGAACUUGAAUGAUUUAAAACUUGUACUCACUGAAGGUUUUAUUGUAAAAAUCUCUUGCAAAUGUGACAGUUUUUAUAGCCCAGCCAACUACUUUUGAUUAGAGUGUAAAACAAUGCUAUUUAUCAAACCCUUGGUCAAAACAUAAGCUCACCCUUAAAAACUUAAUUCCUCAGCAUGUUGGCGCAAUCAAUUUGGUCUUGUAGUCUUGUAAUUUACAUUUUAAUCUCAUCUUUUUAUUGCCAAUCUGGAAAGCUAAAUAACAUCACAGCCUACCUAAUAAACCCUAUUAGGCCACCAUUGACUAUUAGUCAAAGCUAUAAUUUAGCUAAGCAGGAGCCCACUUAAAUUGAAACUCUUUACCCUACUCUUAAAUAUAAUCUAAGUUACUACUAUCCGUGUCAAGCUCCAUAGUUUAUGCUGUAAUCUCCAACAUUCUAAUAUAUAAAAGUCAUUGACCGUAUUACCAUGAUUGAAGUUAUAUUGAUUUUUAAUAACUCUUUUCUGCCCAUUAAUAUUUUUUAUUCGAUUGGCUUCUACGCUUUUUAAAAAUAACCUUGUUUUCAACCAUUUCAUUGCUUUGAGAUCUUAAUUUUUAAAGACAAAAUAAUUUUAAAUACCGGUAUUUUUAAUGGCACGUUUUGGUAACAUUUAUCGAUUGUCGAUCAAAUUAGAGUAUUACUCUUUAAAAAGUAUUGUAUACUGUAGUAUUUACUGUAGAGCCCCUGUGUUAUUUAAGUCAUUAAGGACAUGUUGGAGUUUCACACUUAAAUGGUUAAGUGUCAUAUAAGUUAUAUAAGGUGGCUAUGGUUAUAUGAUAUAACCAUAGCCACCUCUAAUACAAGGCUGCAAAGAGACGUUAGUUGGCAACGACACAAUCCCAGUCUACUGAAACAGCAGUCUCAUCAAUUCAUAAUGGAGCUUAUGUGCAAUAUGUAUGAUUAAUGUUAUUACAAUGGCAAUAGGCCGGCUGGCGAGACGUUGACACACACCGCCGUGGACUUGUGUAAGGAGAGGUUAUAGUAAAAAAAGUAGUAGUAUCUUCAUUAUGGGUAGGCCCUACCGUAACUUAUGGUAAUUUAAAUUUGUUUAUUUAUAUUUUAGUAUAAUUUAUUGUUUUAUACCAUCUUUUACAGUGUUCCAUUGUGCCUAAACCAAAUUAAGGCUACCGACUAUUUAAACAAUUUUCCAAAGAUUAAAGUACCGGUAUCUUGAUUCCAACAAUGACCUCCAAAAAUUCUAUGAUUUUGUAAAUGUUAAAUUUGUAAAUAUAGCUUG